AUGAAACAAAGCACAGUCGAGGGACGACUUGGGAGCCUUGAAAUCAUCAGGGCUCCGGAGUCGCUGAGUGCAUUGGCAGAUGCCGAUGCCGAUGCCCCUUCUUUGCGGCCCAUGUCUGAUUCGCAGACUGUACAAUCGCUGCUUGAAGGUGAGCCGUCCAUGAUGGUUCAAAUCGGGAAGGCGAAGGGAAGUGUUGGUCAAGCUGGUCAAGGAAGCACACCAUCACGGGCUGGUGAAGUGACUGAAGAAAGGAGUGGCACAGGCCGUGGGAAUGUGGAUCAGAUAGAGGAUGAUGAGAAUGAUGGGCCGGUUGAUGAUGAGUACGAGUUGUUGUGCAACGAAUCUGAGGAUGCAGUUGCCCGAUCUGAUGCUGCCUUAGCCGAUUGUUCAAAGGAUGAAGAGAGGACUGUCGAAAGAACACAGGUUGCUUCUGUCGGUGAACAACACUGCGAGCCACUGGCACAGCACUCAAGGUCCGACAAAAUCAUUGACCAGGUGGUCAACCAUUUGCGGGAAACACACGGUGAAUCAGUUGUGUUGACACAUGAAGAAUUGGAGGAGGAAGCAGUCCUACUCUUGAUUCGUCAAUUCAACCAAGGUGCUUCUUAUGAUGAGGUGAUCGAUGACUUGGCUCGCAAAUUCGUGGCAGAACAGUCCGAGUCCGAAGCUGUCCCGGGGUCGAUUCGGAAUCCACAGGCCAAUAGCCAAGCCAGCCAAGCCAGCCGAAGCGGGAAUCCCCCAGGCAGAGUAGCUUUUGUUUUCGAUGAUUCGGACGUUUGCACGUCGGCUGCAUCUGCAUCGUCUGUUGCUUCUGGGGAGCUUGGUUCCACGGACGAGGGUGAAGCCAACGGCGGCACUGCACAAGAUAGAUUGCCUAGAUUCGUGGCCAAGUGGCAUGCUGAAUUUCGACGUACAGCUGAAGCCUUGGCAUAUCGUGCUGAUCGUAACGAGCUACCUUUGGGUCAUAACGAUGAGGUAUCUUUACUUCUUUCAUUGCAGAGCAGGGAAGAAUGUGACGGCUUUCAACUUUUUUUUGUGAAAUGGGUGGAUGCAGCGACGAGGACGGGCCGCAGUGUCCGAAUCGACAAGAAUUUCAGAGUCGUUUAUUCGCCGCCUGUUCUUUUUGGCAAGCAGGACGCCAGCAUGGAGGUCACCUGGCAAGAGGCCAAGACCAAGAAACAAAAGAAGUGCAUUGUGUGCGGGCAGGUGGGAGCUGCAGGGAGUAAGAAGAGUUCUGGAAGCAUGGCCCCUCCCACAGAGAUUCCCAAGCAAUGCUCAUUCUGUCUAUUGUUCUGGCACAGUCGAUGUGCAGAUGGAAUCACGGAGGAACUUCGUGACAAUAUCCGCACAGGGGAGACUUUUGCAGACAUUGUUCAGAUGAGUGCAGUUCUGGUGCGAUUGUUGCCUACACUGCCGGAUUUUGUGACAUCCAUGCUGCUCAAUGAUCCGGAAGUUCACGAUAGAAGCAGGCACGCCUUUGGUUGCUACUGCAGUUAA